CGUCGCGCACAAUUGGUCCCCACUGACCCACUUGACUCUCUGCCUUACCAUCUCACUCGAGAGAGGCUUCCUCUUUCUCUCGCUCAUCUCCUUCAUCACCAUCAUCUAGAGGGUCUACCUCUCUCGCUCUUCAGAGCCACUCUUGACCGCCGCUACCAUGUCGUCGCGCACGACAGCGGCAGCCAAGCGCCGACGCACCAAUGGCGGCACAGCGACAACGACGACGACGACGGCGACAGGCGACCUCACCAAUGACUCUUUCAAUGCACCUGAGGCAUCCACAUCAGCCCAACCCGUUGGCUCUCACAAUGGCAGAGAUACUAGCACAUACUCGUCAUCGACAGCAGGCUUAGGCAACACCUCGACGACGUCGAUGAUGGGAUCCACCUCCACCGCGUCGGGUCUCAGGAGAAGCGCGAGAAAUCUCAGGAGCGUAGACGAAAUGAUCGGAGGAAAGGUGCAAAAGGUCUUCCUUCUGGACGAAGACGAUGACGACGAGGCUCCUCCCGCCAGACCACUCGCCGACGACCUCUCCAAUGGCCACAAAGAAGGCAGUGGGGCCGCCAGCCUGGCGAGGCUCAACGGAAAUAGCACCAAUCACGCAGCACAAGGCGUAGGCACGAAGGGCAAGCGCAAGGCUCAAGCAUCCCCGCCGCCACAGCCACCUCCGCAAGCUACGUCUUCCACCUCUUCGUACGAUGCGGCCAAGAAGAGGCGAAAAGAUGAGGCGGAGCCGCUCGCUCAGAGCUCCAUCUCAAAGCAGUACCAGGAUGCCAUGCGGGCGCAGCACGGCAAUCUGGCCCAGAGCUCCAUCUCGAUGCAGUACGAGAGGGCGAUGAAACAGCAGAGGGAGAGGGAUGCGGCGCAGAUGGCCCCCAAUUCGAUCUCGCAGCAAUACGAGCAGGCUAUGCGGGCUCAGCAAGAGCGACAGGCGGCUCAAGGUUACCCUCAGACUGUUCCAAGCGGCGCCGUUGGAGACUGGAGCUACCAUCAACAGCAACCACUCGCAGGAUACCCAAGCUCGUCGUCAACGGCCAACUAUCGCGGCGGCUACCCUUCAGGCGGCGCGUCGCUCAUGCCACCCGUUGCCAAUGGCCACGCAUCAACAGCCAACAGGCAACAGAUUCUGGACUCAGCAGAUCAAGCUUCGAGGCGUCUGAUGUACGACCGUGCUCUUCAACAGCAGCCACCGCCAGCAGCUCCAUUGCCCAUCGAUGAUAAGGACGGCCACUUCAUCGUUCGAGAAGGUGACUGGAUCAGUGACCCUCGCGGGGGAGAACAUCGCUACAAGAUCCUCUCUCAGCUAGGUCAAGGUACGUUCGGCAAAGUUGUAGAGUGCUUUGAUCGGCUACAAAGACGCUACGUCGCCAUCAAGGUCAUUAGGGCUAUCCAGAAAUAUCGGGAUGCCAGUCAGAUUGAGAUCAGGGUACUGCGCACUCUCAGCGAGAACGACCCAGCCAACGAGAACAAGUGUAUCCACCUUCUCGACACCUUUUCCUACCGCAACCACGUAUGCAUCGUCUCUGAACUGCUGGGCAAGUCUGUGUUCGACUUUCUCAAGGACAACCAGUUCAACCCGUUCCCGCCUGCUCAUAUUUGGAGCUUCGGGCAGCAGCUUCUCAAGAGCGUCGCAUUCUUGCAUCGCCUCAACCUGGUCCACACUGAUCUGAAGCCGGAAAACAUCUUACUCGUCAACUCUGAGUACGACUAUCAGCCGGUGUCACGGCGAGCCAAUGCGAGGAGAAGAAAGGUGCUCAAGGACACGGACAUCCGCUUGAUCGACUUUGGCAGUGCGACGUUCAACGACGAGUACCACUCGCAGGUCGUCUCGACUCGACACUACCGUGCUCCAGAGAUCAUCCUCAACAUGGGUUGGUCAUUCCCUUGCGACGCUUGGUCGGUUGGCUGCAUUCUCAUCGAAUUCUACACCGGUGAGGCCUUGUUCCAGACGCACGACAAUCUGGAGCACUUGGCCAUGAUGGAGCAAGUGCUUGGGCCGAUGCCAGACUCGUUCAGGCGCAAGGCAGAGACGUUCAAAGCAGAAUACUUCCGUAAUGGUCGCCUUGACUUCCCCAACAACGAGACACCCAAAGCGAGCAAGAAGUACGUCUCGGGCAUGCGCAAGCUCCCCGACCUGCUUAGCAAGGCAACGACGUGGAAGAAGCACAAUGAGCGCUUCCUCCACCUGCUACGCCGUCUGCUCGAGUUCGACCCGGCUAAGCGCAUCAAGGUGUCCGAGGCUCUCAAGCACCCGUAUUUCGAGCUCGCACCGAACGAGAUUCCUCCCUAGACUGCACAUGUAGGACUUUGGCUGUAUGACUGUUCACGGGGUUUCACUUGUCGUAUCACCAUCAUCAUCAUCAGCACCACCUCAACUCACAUCACUCAGUGUCAACGCGCCGCUACUCCAUCGGAGGGUAUAUAUGCCUGCCGCUCCUCUAGCGACGUCCACGACUCCUUUUCCUCUUGAACCGACUUGUAUUACAUCAAUAUAUUCACUGAUUGCUUGACUACUCU